AUGGCUUCAUCAACAAUAAUUACAACACUGGCUGUUGUUCAACAACAAUUAAUUCGUUAUGGUUGCUCAGCAUGGAUCAUAUUUGGUGUUCCAGGUUGUUUACUCAAUGUCAUCCUCUUGUCACGACGACAAUUUCGCGUAACAUCUUGCUGUAACUACUUUUUGGGAGCAUCAGCAGUGUUAAUAAUAACUAUAAGUUUGAGUUCUGGAGCCUAUCUCUAUUCGCUCAAUCAUCCAGAUCCGAUUACAACAAUACGUGCAUUUUGCAAGGCACGUCUCUAUGUAUUGCAAACAACUAUGAUGAUGGGACGCUGGAUGAUAACUAGUGCUUGCAUCGAUCGAUAUGCAUUAAGUUCAAGAAAUGCUCGUGUAAGACGAUUUGCACAAGUACAUGUUGCACGUCGUGUGAUUCUUAUUGUUAUUGGUAUUUGGCUUGUCUUACCUAUUCAUACACUUAUAUUCUAUGAGAUACGUGAAACUGCCGGUAUUUGUGCCAUCGUAAAUAGUCGAGCAGCAGCACUCUAUCAUAGUAUUUAUCUCUUAACUACGGGUGGUGUCCUUCCUGCAAUAAUUAUGAUUGCAAGUGCUUUACUCAUUCGACGCAAUCUUGCAAGUAAACGAGAUAUACAUGAACAACAAAUCAAUGUUAGUAUUCCUACUACUCAACACAAUACUAAUACACAUGUUCAGCGUGCACGUGAUCAAAAUGCAUUAGCCAUGUUAUUUAUACAAGUCACGGUCUAUUGUAUUGUUCAAACACCUCAAUUCGUUUAUACGCUUUAUGCUGCCAUAACUAGUAAUAUUCCAAAUAAGUCACCUGAUCGUUUAGCUAUUGAAAAAUUUGCAUUUUUUAUCGCUGAAUUAUGUGUAUUUCUAUUUCCUGUUUCAUCAUUCUACGUAUAUAUAUUAGUAUCGCGUACUUUUCGAACUGAACUCCGUAAUCUAAUACAUCCAUUAUUCCCGAUGUGUUUCGGUCGUUGGAAUUUUCGCGUUGUACCCAUAAGCAAUAUAACAAAUACUGUUACAGAACAUAAUGAGAUGAAUAUGGCUCCUCAUGCAUUAUCCUUUCGAUCACAAGAGGCAAAUCACCAACUCAAUAAGCAUCCCAACAUCAUGUAUGGUGAGCAAAUUAAAUAG